AGCACCGUGCAUCUCUGUAUGUAUGCGACUAUGAAGAAGAAUAUGAGAGCUGACAGCUGUCAACUCGCUUUUCCUUUCUUUCCGGUCUCUGCUCCAUAGAAGACGCAAACAUGUUCAUGCCAAAGGCUCAUCGUGUCGCCAUUUAUGAGUACCUCUUCAAGGAGGGCGUCAUUGUGGCCAAAAAGGAUUUCCAUGCACAGAAGCAUCCUGAACUGGAAUCAAUUCCCAACUUGCAUGUGAUCAAGGCAUUGCAAUCACUGCAUUCUCGUGGAUUGGUCAAGGAACAGUUCGCCUGGAGGCAUUACUAUUGGUAUCUGACCAACGAGGGCAUUGAGGAGCUGCGCACCUAUCUGCACUUGCCACCCGAAAUUGUGCCCUCCACACUGAAGAGGCCGACGCGCUCCGAGCCGUUGCGUCCUCGUCCCGCUGCCGGCGGACCACGCGGCCCAGCCGAUGCCUCCAAAACAGGCGAGGAUCGUUCAGCCUACAGACGCGCCCCUGGUGGCAGCGGCGUCGACAAGAAGGGAGACGUUGGACCCGGCGCCGGUGAGGUUGAGUUCCGCGGCGGCUUCGGACGUGGCUCGCGCAACUAAGACGGUCACUUUUUUUUCUAUUCAAAUAAGUUUAAAGUGAAUUCCAAUAACAUCAAGAAAUGGAAAACAAUA